GAAAUAAACCCAAAACUAAUAGAAUCAAGGAUUAGGAUUGAACGGUAUAAAUAGCCUUGAAAAAUCAAUGAAACACUUAAGGCCACAUCGACAUUGAAAUAAUCUCAACUAUAUUCAAAUUCCUUGAACCAUGAUUAGUGUCUUCAGACCUGUUCAAUAUACUUCAUGCAAAGAUCUUAUAAGCAAUUAUGAUGGAUCAACUUCACCCACACCCUAUUUACCAUUCAACUAUACCGUCGAGGGAUUAACUCGAGACGUUUACGUCAAACCACUCCAUAGUCAUAAUGAUUACUGGCGAGCCCAUCCAUUGUUUGAUGCUUUAAGCAAUGGAGUUCAAAGUAUUGAAAGUGAUAUUUGGCAUUUCCCCACUGGAUUUUCAAAUGAAAGAACUGUCACCGAUACAACUAGUAAUGGAUUAGUGAAUACCACUGUUACCAAAUACUUUCGAAAUAAUGAAGUUUAUGUGGGUCAUAGUGAUAUUUAUCUAGAGCCCAUCAAUACAUUAAAUAAUCUUUAUUUAAAUCCAUUAUAUCAAUUCCUAGAAUUCACCAAUCCCAAAUUUUCAAAUGAUAAUGAAGACACUACUCGAUCUAAAAAUGGAGUGUUUUAUAAUAGUCCCGAAACUCCAGUAUAUCUUUGGUUUGAUUUCAAAACGAGUCCAAAUGAUACAUAUCUAGCUUUAAAACCAUUAUUGCAACCAUUUAUUGAUGCCAAUUAUUUAACAUAUUAUGACGUACAACAAGAUAAAGUAAUAGAAGGUCCUUUAAUAUUAACUAUAACUGGGAACUUACCAGUUGAGUUAGUACAAGAAGAACAAGAUAAAAGAUAUUUCUUUUUGGAUGGUCCAUUACAAUUAUUUAAAGCAUCAACAGGGUCAAAUGAUGCUGAAUUAACCAAAUGGUCGAAAUUAUCUCGAGUAGUAAGUUGUGAUGCAUCAUCAUUAUUAAAUGGAGACAUGCAAGCUAUCAUAAAAGCCUCAAGAUCACCAUUCACAUCAGAUCAAGAAACCCUCAUCCAAUCAUUUUUCGAUACUGCUCAUUCCUACGGAUUAAAAACUCGAAUUUGGGGGGAUGUAACUUGGCCUCCAAGUAUUAGAGAUUCACAUUUAAAGAGUUAUUACGAGGCUGGUACUGAUUUUUUAAAUGUUGAUGAUUUAAAAAGUGCAAGUAAUUUAUUUUAGUAAUUAAAAUGUAUAUGUAUAUGUCUA